CUGCGGGCGCGGAGCGAGCGCGGCCCCGGCCCGCCGGCGGCGGCGGCAGGAUGAAGUUCGCCGAGCACCUCGCGGCGCACAUCACCCCCGAGUGGCGGAAGCAGUACAUCCAGUAUGAGGCUUUGAAAGAGAUGCUAUAUGCAGCUGUGGACCAGGCCCCUUCUAUAGAAGACACAGAUGAGGACACGGUGAAAAGAUGUUUUGCCACGUUUGAAGAGAAAUUCUUCCAAACCUGUGAGAAAGAACUUGCCAAAAUCAACAUUUUCUAUUCAGAGAAGCUGGCGGAGGCGCAGCGCCGCUUCACGACCCUGCGCACCGAGCUGCAAUCCACCUUGGACGCGCAGAAGGAGGCCAGCGGCGCCUCCGCGCUGCCGCGCCGCCGAAAGCCCGUCUUCCACCUGUCCCACGAGGAGCGUGUCCAGCACAGGAACAUCAGAGACCUGAAACUGGCCUUCAGUGAGCUCUACCUCAGCCUCAUCCUGCUGCAGAACUACCAGAACCUGAACUUCACCGGCUUCCGCAAGAUCCUGAAGAAGCAUGACAAGAACCUGGAGACGGCGCGGGGGGCGGAGUGGAGGGUGGCCGAGGUGGAGGUGGCUCCUUUCUACACCUGCAAGAAGAUCAACCAGCUUAUCUCCGAAACAGAGGAAGUGGUGACCAACGAGUUGGAAGAUGGAGACAGACAGAAGGCAAUGAAACGUUUGCGUGUUCCACCCUUAGGAGCAGCUCAGCCUGUACCAGCCUGGACUACAUUCAGGGUUGGAUUGUUCUGCGGGUUGUUCAUUGCACUGAAUGUCACAGUCAUACUUUCAGGUGUGGCUUUUAUAGAUGGACCAAAUGUGUGGCCACUGGUGAGAAUCUAUCGAGGUGGCUUUCUCCUGAUAGAAUUCCUCUUUCUCCUGGGUAUCAACACGUAUGGCUGGAGACAGGCUGGAGUCAACCACGUCCUCAUCUUUGAACUCAAUCCCCGAAGCAACUUGUCCCAUCAACAUCUCUUUGAGAUUGCUGGUUUCCUGGGCGUUUUGUGGUGCCUGAGCCUGCUGGCAUGUAUAUAUGGUAAAUUCACCUACAUCCCCAUGCAGGUGAACCCACUCAUCUUGUACGGCUUCAUGUUGCUUUUUCUCAUCAACCCUACAAAAACCUUAUAUUACAAGUCCCGUUUUUGGCUGCUCAAACUAUUGUUUCGGGUAUUCACUGCUCCCUUCCACAAGGUAGGCUUCGCAGAUUUCUGGCUGGCUGAUCAGCUCAACAGCCUGGUCAUGAUACUUAUGGAUUUGGAAUACAUGAUCUGCUUCUACAGCUUUGAGGUUCAGUGGGAGGACAAUGCUGGACUUCUGGCAGAUACAGAUAAUCAGAUUUGUAACAGCUACUCCUACGGAGUGAGAGCAGUUGUCCAGUGCAUCCCUGCUUGGUUGCGAUUCAUCCAGUGCCUGCGCCGUUACCGCGAUAACAAACGGGCCUUUCAUCUGGUUAACGCUGGAAAAUAUUCCACCACCUUCUUCGUGGUGACAUUUGCAGCCCUCUACAGCACUCACAAAGCUAAAAACCACAGUGACACCCAAGUGUUCUUCUACCUGUGGAUUAUCUUCUGUUUCAUCAGCUCUUGCUAUACCCUCAUUUGGGACCUGAAGAUGGACUGGGGUCUCUUUGACAAAAAUGCUGGUGAAAAUACCUUUCUCCGAGAAGGAAUUGUCUACCCACAGAAAGCAUACUACUAUUGUGCCAUUGUAGAGGACGUCAUCCUGCGUUUUGCGUGGACCAUCCAGAUCUCCCUCACUUCCAUGCAGAUCUUUCCCUACGCUGCGGACAUAAUUUCUACUGUGUUUGCCCCACUCGAGGUGUUCCGGCGGUUUGUGUGGAACUUCUUCCGUCUGGAGAACGAGCACCUGAACAACUGCGGCGAGUUCCGCGCCGUCAGGGACAUCUCGGUGGCUCCGCUCAACGCCGACGACCUGACGCUCCUGGACCAGAUGAUGGACCAGGAGGACGGCGUCCGGAACCGCCGCAAGAACAAGCAGUGGAAGCGCAGCCUGAGCGUGUCCCUGCGCAGGCCUCGCCUCGCCUCACAGUCCAAGGCUUCUGACACAAAGGUAUUGAUAGAGGACCUAGCAAACGAAGUGAACACAUGAGAUGGCCACGUUCUCUUAUUCCACAUCCUUUGUUUUCUCCUUCUGUUUCCCUCUUCCCCAAGUAACCCGAGCUCUGGUACAGAUCCAGCUGAAAACAGGAGAAAACACUGAACACGUUUUCCGAGCUCUUCCAGACCAGAUCCUAUGGACUCCAACAAGCUCACUGUGUUUUGUUUCUUUUCUUCUGGGUUAAUUUUAAUGUUCUAUUUUAAACAAACAAACAAACAAACAAAAAAAUAAAAUAUUUUACUUUCUUUUGCCAAUAAAGAGGACAGUUCAGGAAAGAA